UAUUCGUUUGUUAUCAUGCCAACAGAGUGAAGUGGAGAGAUGCAGUAACAGUAGCUUGAUAGAGAGAGGCAGUGUAGCUAGCUACAGUCCAGGCACCUGCUACGCUAAUUAUCAUAACAGGUAUUUACACUAAAUCAACAUUUUGUUUCGUGCAUCUUAGUUCAUCUGCACAUCCCGGUUGUGAGAUGAACAUGCCAUAGCUACAACAUCUGAAGAUCUAUGAGGCCUUCAGCCAGGAGAGCUCUCCCAUGGAACAGGAAGUGAUGCGCUUAUACUCCUCCUCCCCCCCUCCGCUGGACGACGAAUCAGGGGGAGAGGAGGACGAUGACGAGUUUGGGGAUUUCUCUGGGGGUGUGGCAAUGUCAUCCAACCAGCCGUGCCCCCCCACAACAGACCCCGCCUCCCCGACCCUAUCAACGGUGCACUUUAGUGUUAGUAACUCCUCCUCUUUCUCCGGAACUACCCAUAGCAACGGAAUCUCGAAACAGUUCCGAGCAGCUGACGACCUGAAGAAGCCAUGGGCGCCGGUGGUGGACCAAUCACAGCCCGCUAAUACUGGGACCUCAGAGGUCGGCAGGGUUCGGCCGGGGUUGGAGGUCAAAGGGCAGCCCUGUCAUUGCGACCUCCCUGACCUCCCUCUCACCAAUGGGUUUGUCAAGCGGAAUCACCAGGGGACCAUGUCUGCAGGUCUUGUACCGGCUGGCCUGGGCUCCCCCAGCCAGGAUCAGGGGUUUGCAGACUUCUCUGCGUUCGCCGAGCCAGAGAUGGAGCUGGAACCCUGGUGCUGCGGCUUCACUCACACUCACAGUACGGAGCACAGGAAGGACGGCAGGAUGGAAGGGACAAACCUAACCAACGGUUUCUGCAAUGCACACUCGGUCCAGAAGGACAUAGAGCAGCGGGCCAGAAUAGAGCCUGGCGGGCCUGACUCUCAAUGUUUAGCACAGCAAGGGGACAGGGACUGUACUGGAGUCCAGCAACACUGUGAGCUAAGGGGCCACCCUCAGGACUCUGGCCUCUUAGCCCCCAUAGAGGUGCUCUGUGCUAUGGGUGAGGGGCUGGGGGAGCCUGGAGAGAGGGCACCCAGCAUCAACAGGGAUAGCACGCUUACACAGGACCCAGAACUGGGAGGGAGGAGGGUGGAGGAAGAUAAGGGGAGCGAAACAGAGGACAGUGUCUCUCCUCUCCAGACCACAGUCAGUGGGUCAGUGAGUGAGGAGUUUGCCUCCUCUGGUGAGGCUGUGUCGUCAGACGCUUUGGAGGAGUUUGGGAACUUUGGCGAGAUGGUCUUCACUCCCUCGUCAAUAGGGGAGGAGGAGAAAGAGGAGGUGCAGCGGAGUGACCUCAGGGAGGAGACCGAGACAAAGAUGGUGGAGGAGGAAGAUGAAGAAGAGGACUUUGGAAUCUUCAGGGAUGCUGGAUCCUUCCCUAGCCAGGAGGACUUUGCUGACUUCAACCAAUCGGAGUCCAGGACACAGGAGGGCUUUGGUGACUUUGAACAGGACUAUUCUGAGGACCCAGGUCCGACCCAGGCGUGUGGGGAGGAGGUUGGACAUGGAGACCUUCCCCUCAGUGACAGCUUUGCAGACUUCCACUCUGCUCCCCUGGAGGGGCAGGGUGAGAGGGAGGAGGGCUGGGGGACGUAUGGGGACCAGAGAGGUCUGUCGGAGGGGGAGACCUGGGCAGAGUUUGGAGAGGAGGAUAGAGCCAGGUGGACAGAAGAGGCAGAGGAGAAGAAGUGGGGAGGUGCUGCUGUACAAAGGGACAGUCUGCCGGACUCCCUGUCUAUCCGGCUACAGAGAGUCCUACAGACCAGCUUCCCUGCAGUGGCAGUCCCAGAACUGGAUCAGGAGAGUGAGGAGACUGGGGUGGAGGGGGAGGAGACUGGGGUGGAGGAGGAGGAGACUGCCGUGGAGGAGGAGGAGACGGGGGUGGAGGAGGAGGUGGAGGACAGUGGGGAUGAGGUGUUGAAUGUGCUCAGCCUCAGGGCUCUGCUAGAGACUCUAGACACACAGCCUGAGGAAGAGGAGACGAAGGGGCUCAACCACACUACACACUGGGUUCCCAGGGGCGCGUGGCGGCAGCCUCAGGACCUCCACGAUGCCGUGGGCCUGGGAUUCCAGUGGGGCGGUUCCCAUAGCAACAGGGCCCUGCUCCGCUGUCUGGGGAUGGACACCAGAAACAUGUUGUUCACUGGUCAGAGAAAGCAGCCUGUCAUAGUUCCUGUGUUUGCAGCCAGCCUGGGAAUGUUAGAGCCCACCAAAGAGCCACUGAGACCACCUUCAACUGCGGAGAAGACUGCUGCCACAGCACAAGCACUUCCUGGGUCACAGGAAACCACCACCACCUCGUCAGUACAGCAGGGGGCCCCCCAGCCUUGGUCCCAGUUUGACUGGAGCAGCAGUGGCCUUGGCAUCAACCGUCUGGAUGAGCUAGACAGUGACAUCUGCAGCCGUCCAGCUGACACCCUGAACCACCUCAUGUCUACUAUGGAGAACACCACCACCUCCACCAGGAAACCCCAUAGGGAUGAGGAGGACCAGCUGAGUGAGGAGGCAGCCAGGGUGAUCUGUGGGCUGGCUGACCUGUCCUUCAUGAAGGCUAAGGUCCUAAUGUUCCCCAUCACCCUCACACCAGCCGCUGGCUCUGGUACACUGCUGGAGUGAUGCACACAUGGAUGGAUGCACACACACACAAACACAGAAGACUUGUCCGCUUCAAAGCUAGAUUGAACAUUAAUGCAAAGUCAAAAUGUUGAUAAUGUUGAUGUUGAUCAAAAUGUUGAUCAGUAAUAUGGUGAAAUACAGUGAGGGGAAAAGGUAUUUGAUCCCCUGCUGAUUUUGUACGUUUGCCCACUGACAAAGAAAUGAUCCGUCUAU